AUGGCUCCGGUAAUCUCCAAAAUCGCCAUAAUCGGAGCUGGGGUUAGCGGUAUCGCCGCUGCCAAACAGCUCGCCCACCAUAACCCUGUAGUUUUUGAGGCAAGUGACACCAUUGGAGGGGUUUGGAGCCAUUGCUCCUACAGCUCCACCAAGCUCCAAUCGCCUCGCUGCGAUUACGAGUUCUCCGAUUUCCCUUGGCCCGACAGGGACAGCGCUAGCUUCCCUUCUCACCUUGAGAUAUUGGACUAUCUCCAUUCUUACGCCGAGCACUUUGACGUGCUCAAGUGCGUGAGGUUCAAUUCAAAGGUGGUGGGUCUCCGGUUAAUCGACGGCAGAUUGCCCGGUGAAUACAGCAGCCUCUUGCCGGGUCAGCCCGUCUGGGAAGUUGCUGUCCAGACCAACGGUUCAGAGACCAUUCAGUUGUAUGCCUUCGAGUUUGUUGUGGUUUGCAUUGGAAAAUAUGGAGACAUACCUAUAAUUCCAGUAUUUCCAAAGAACAAGGGCCCAGAGAUAUUUGAAGGAAAAGUUUUGCAUUCUCUUGAUUACUGCAAACUUGACAAGGAAGCUUCUACUAAUCUGCUCAAGGAUAAGAAGGUCGCCGUUAUUGGCUACAAGAAAUCUGCUAUCGAUUUAGCUUUGGAGUGUGCUGAGGCAAAUCAAGGACCAGAAGGUAAAGCAUGCACCAUGGUAGUAAGGACUCUGCACUGGACAGUUCCACAUUACUGGGUUUGGGGUUUGCCAUUUUUCCUCUUCUACUCCACAAGAUCUUCUCAGUUCCUCCAUGAAAGACCAAACCAAAGCUUCCUCAGAUCCCUUCUUUGCUCACUUUUCUCCCCAAUGAGGCUAGUAGUUUCAAAGUUCAUAGAAUCCUAUUUGCUGCACAAGCUUCCUUUGGAGAAGUAUGGACUAAAACCGGACCACCCUUUUGUCGAGGACUACGCGUCUUGCCAAAUGGCUAUCAUGCCGGAGAACUUCUUCUCUGAGGCUGACAAGGGGAAGAUUGUGUUCAAGAGAUCAUCAAAAUGGUGGUUCUGGGAAAAAGGAAUCGAGUUCGACGACAAAGAAAAGAUCGAAGCUGAUGUUGUCGUCCUCGCCACUGGUUAUGAUGGUAAGAAAAAGCUCAAAGCCAUCAUGCCAGAGCCCUUUCGCAGUUUGUUGGAGUAUCCAUCUGGUCUCAUGCCGCUAUACAGGGGUACUAUCCAUCCUUUGAUCCCAAACAUGGGAUUUGUGGGCUAUGUUGAGAGUGUGGCGAACCUACAUUCGUCUGAAUUGCGUUCGAUAUGGCUGGCACGGCUAGUGGACGACAAAUUCAAGCUUCCGGGUGUGACGGAAAUGCUCGAGAGAACACUGAAGGAGAUGGAAGUCAUGAAGAGAACCACCAGGUUCUACAAGAGGCACUGCAUUUCAACUUAUAGUAUCAACCACAGUGAUGAAAUAUGUGAGGAAAUGGGAUGGACUUCUUGGAGGAAGAACAGCUGGUUUUCAGAGGCAUUUAGCCCCUAUGGUAGUCGAGACUAUCUGAACUAGUUCUUGAUUAGAUGUGUCCUCUAUAAUCGUCUCUAGCUAUUUAUGUACUA